AAUUAAAUUGGUGACGAAGGUGCAUCAGGCCUAGGUUCUGGUUUAGCAAAUUGCAUUAAUCUCUCAAAUUUGACACUUCACCUUGGUGGAAAUUAAAUUGGUGACCAAGGUGCAUCAGGCUUAGGUUCUGCACUAGCAAAAUGCAUUAAUCUCUCAAAUUUGACACUUAGACUUAGUUCCAAUUAAAUUGGUGAAGAAGGUGCAUCAGGCUUAGGUUCUGCAUUAGCAAAUUGCAUUAAUCUCUCAAAUUUGACACUUUACCUUAAUGGAAAUUAUAUUGGUGACGAAGGUGCAUUAGGCUUAGGUUCUGCAUUAAAAAAGUGCAUUAAUCUCUCGAAUUUGACAAUUGAACUUGGUGGAAAUUCAAUUGGUGAUGAAAGUGCAUCAGGCUUAGGUUCUGCAUUAGCAAAAUGCAUUAAUCUCUCAAAUUUGACACUUAGCCUUAGACAAAAUUAAAUUGGUGCAAUGGGUGCAUAAGGCUUAGGUUCUAGUUUAGCAAAUUACAUUAAUCUUUCAAAUUUGACACUUCACCUUGGUUUCAAUUAAAUUGGUUCAAUGGGUGCAUAAGGCUUAGGUUCUGCAUUAGCAAGUUACAUUAAUCUCUCAAAUUUGACACUUAAUCUUCUUAAGAAUUAAAUUGGUGACGAAGGUGCAUCAGGUAUAGGUUCUGGUCUAGCAAAAUGCAUUAAUCUCUAAAAUUUAACACUUGAACUUAGUUACAAAUAAUUUGGUGAUGAAGGUGCAUCAGGCUUAGGUUCUGGUUUAGAAAAUAGCAUUAAUCUCUCAAAUUUGACACUUGGCCUUUUUUAAAAAUAAAUUGGUGAUGAAGGUGCAUCAGGCUUAGGUUCUGCUUUAGCAAAUUGCAUUAAUCUCUCAAAUUUGACACUUGGCCUUUAUAAGAAUUAAAUUGGCGCAAUUGGUGCAUUAAGCUUAGGUUCAGGUUUAGCAAAAUGCAUUAAUCUCUCAAAUUUGACACUUGAACUUGGUGAAAAUUAAAUUGGUGAAGAAGGCGCAUCAGGCUUAGGUUCUGCUUUAACUAAGUGCACUAAUCUCUCUAAUUUGGCACUUCACAUAGGUGAAAAUUAAAUUGGUGAAGAAGGUGCAUCAGACUUAGGUUCUGCUUUAGCUAAGUGCACUAAUCUCUCUAAUUUGGCACUUUACCUAGGUAAGAAUUAAAUUGGUGCAAUGGGUGCAUCAGGCUUAGGUUCUGCAUUAGCAAAUUGCAUUAAUCUCUCAAAUUUGACACUUAACCUUUUUGGAAAUUAAAUUGGUGACGAAGGUGCAUCAAGUUUAGGUUGGGCUUUAGCUAAGUGCACUAAUCUCUCUAAUUUGACACUUUACCUACAUGAUAAUUAAAUUUAUGACGAAGGUGCAUCAGGCUUUAGUUCUGCUUUAGCUAAGUGCACUAAUCUCUCUAAUUUGGCACUUUACCUAGGUGAAAAUUAAAUUGGUGAAGAAGGUGCAUCAGGCUUAGGUUCUGCUUUAGCUAAGUGCACUAAUCUUUCUAAUUUGACACUUUAACUAGGUAAAAAUUAAAUUGGUGACGAAGGAGCAUCAGAUUUAGGUUCUGAUCUAGCAAAGUGUAUUAAUCUCUCAAAUUUGACACUUGAACUUGAUGAAAAUUAAUUUGGUGACGAAGGUGCAUCAGGUUUAGGUUCUGGUUUAGCAAAAUGCAUUAAUCUCUCAAAUUUGACACUUUAUCUUAAUGGAAAUUAAAUUUGUGCAAUGGGGGCAUCAGGCUUAGGUUCAGGUUUAGCAAAAUGCAUUAAUCUCUCAAAUUUGACACUUUACCUUGGUGAAAAUUUAAUUGGUGAAGAAAGUGCAUCAGGCUUAGGUUCUACUUUAGCUAAGUGCACUAAUCUCUCAAAUUUGACACUUGAUCUUGAUGGUAAUUAAAUUGAUGACAAAGGUGCAUCAGACUUAGGUUCUGGAUUAGAAAAUUGCAUUAAUCUUUCAAAUUUGGCACUUUGCCUUAAUGAAAAUUAAAUUGGUGCAAUGGGGGCAUCAGGCUUAUGUUCUGGCUUAGCAAAAUGCAUUAAUCUCUCAAAUUUGUAACUUGAACUUGAUGGAAAUUAAAUUGGUGACGAAGGUGCAUCAGGUUUAGGUUGUGCUUUAGCUAAGUGCACUAAUCUCUCUAAUUUGACACUUCACCUAAGUGGAAAUUAAAUUGAUGACGAAGGUGCAUCAGGCUUAGGUUUUGCUUUAGCUAAGUGCAUUAAUCUCUCUAAUUUGACACUUUGCCUUGAUGAAAAUUAAAUUGGUGCAAUCGGUGCAUCAGGUUUAGGUUCUGGUUUAGCAAAAUGCAUUAAUCUCUCAAAUUUGACACUUUAACUUGAUUAGAAUUAAAUUGGUGAUGAAGAUGCAUCAGGUUUAGGUUCUGGUUUAGCAAAAUGCAUUAAUCUCUAAAAUUUGACACUUUUACUUGAGUAAAAACAGUUUUAUUAUUUUGGAUUGUAAUAUUUUAAACUAUAAAAGUGA